AUGAGGCUCAAUUCAAACUUGGUGGCUCUCAAGCUGCUCCUACUAUCGAGCUCUGCAUCCGCCACCUUCUUCCGCGGACACGGGCUGGAGAUUGGCCCUGUGGACGAAGAAGAAGCUGAGUUCCGUCUCGCCACCACUGUUUCCGACAAUACCAAUACCAGUGGCUGGGGUACUUUUGACCAGCUCCUCGAUCAUUCCAACCCCAGCCUGGGUACAUUUAGUCAACGGUACUGGUACGGAACCCAGUACUGGAAAGGGCCUGGCUCUCCCAUCAUCUUUUUUAACCCCGGAGAACAAGCCGCCGAUGGCUUUAACAGAUCUUACCCGACCUCCUCGCGACUGCCCGGUCUCUUCGCCGAGCAAGUGGGUGGCGCUGUUGUCAUCAUGGAGCACCGAUACUGGGGCGAGUCGUCUCCGUUCGAGGAGUUGACAAGCAAAAACUUGCAAUACUUGACCUUGGAAAACAGCAUCAAGGACAAUGUCUAUUUCGCCAACAACUUCAAGCCGCCGUUUGAUGUUAGUGGCGGGAGUGCUCCUGACAAGGCGCCAUGGGUCUUCUCUGGAGGCUCAUAUCCAGGUGCCCUGGCCGGAUGGAUCGCAUCUGUUGAGCCCGGCACCUUCUGGGCCUAUCACGGCACUAGCGGUGUCGUUCAGGCCGUUGGCGAUUUCUGGCAAUAUUUUCGGCCCGUGAUGGAGGCGACUCCACGAAAUUGCAGCAAGGAUCUCGGCAAGGUCAUCAACUACAUGGACGACAUUCUCCUGCACGGCAGCAAAACCGAGAAAAAGAAGUUGAAGGCCAAGUUUUUGCUCAGUGGCCUUGAAGAUGCCGAUUUUGCUUCUGCGCUUCAAAAUGGACCAUGGUCCUGGCAGUCGACUCAGUUUUACUCGGAGAAAGUGUACGGAUAUAACUCCUAUCACCAGUUUUGCGACUACAUCGAGAACGUGUGGCCUAAUUCCACAAAAUCUGUCCCCGGACCAGAAGGUGUUGGUCAAGUCAGAGCUCUCGAGGGUUACGCCAAGUGGGCAAGAGAUGUGCUCGUCCCAGGAAACUGUGAAUCUGGUCCUUAUGAUGACUGGAAGGGUGAAUACAACAUUGCUUGCUUUGCCAGCUCGAACUCGUCGAAUGUGGCUUAUAAGGAUCUGAGCCCUGGCAACUAUUGGAACCGCCAAUGGACCUGGCUGCUUUGCAACGAACCCUUGAUGUUCUGGCAGGAUGGAGCACCCAAAAAUCGCCCAACCAUCGUUUCCCGCCUCGUCAACAAGCGCUACUGGGAAAAGCAAUGCUCACUUUUCUUUCCCGACGGCUAUGGAAUUCAAAAGGGAAAGACUGUAGAGCAGGUCAACGCAUACACUGGUGGCUGGUCUGUAACAAACACGACUCGACUCAUGUACACCAACGGCCAAUUUGACCCUUGGCGAGACGCCACUGUGAGCUCUGUCGACCGGCCAUAUGGUCCUCUUCGAAGCACCGAAGAGCUUCCUGUUCGUAUGAUCCCUGGCGGCGUCCACUGUUCUGAUUACUACAAGCCGAAUUGGGAUGCGAACGAGAACGUAAAGCGUAUCGCUUACGACGAAGCGGAGAACAUGAAGAAAUGGGUGGCUGAGUUCAAAGGUGCCAAGAACUAA